AUGGACCUUAUGGAGAAACACAAUCAUACUGCCAUACACAAGGGGAUUGGAUUUAUUCUCAUGGGGAUAACCGAUAGUCCUGAGCUGCAGGCACCUCUCUUUGGAAUCUUCCUGGUCAUUUACUUGGUCACAGUCAUGGGCAAUCUGGGCAUGGUUAUCCUGACCCAUUUGAACUCCAAGCUACAUACUCCCAUGUAUUUUCUCCUUAGACAUUUGUCAAUUACUGAUCUAGGUUACUCCACGGUCAUUGGCCCAAAAAUGACUGUCAACUUUGUGGUGCACAAAAAUACAAUUUCCUACAAUUGGUGUGCUGUCCAGCUAGCACUCUUUGAGAUUUUCAUCAUCACUGAACUGUUUAUUCUAUCAGCAAUGGCCUAUGAUCGCUAUGUAGCCAUCUGCAAACCUCUUCUCUACUUGGUCAUCAUGACACACAAAGUGUGCUGGGGGCUGGUACUUACUCCUUAUCUCUACAGCACAUUUGUGUCACUCUUUCUCACAAUUAAGUUAUUUAAAUUGUCCUUCUGUGGCUCUAACAUCAUCAGUUAUUUUUACUGUGACUGUGUCCCGCUGAUAUCUAUGCUCUGUUCUGACACACAUGAGUUAGAAUUGAUGAUUUUGAUCUUUUCAGGGUGUAAUUUGCUUUCUUCUCUCUUGAUUGUUCUUGUAUCCUACAUGUUUAUUGUUGUGGCCAUUCUAAGAAUGAAUUCUUCCAAGGGAAGAUACAAAGCCUUCUCCACCUGUAGUUCCCACCUGACAGUGGUGGUCGUGUUCUAUGGGACAUUACUGUUUAUCUACCUGCAACCCAAAUCCAGCCAUAUUUUUGCUAUUGACAAAAUGGCCUCUGUGUUUUACACCCUGGUGAUCCCUAUGCUCAAUCCAUUGAUCUAUAGCCUAAGGAACAAAGAUGUAAAAGAUGCUCUGAGGAGAACUUUAAUUAAUCAAUGCAAAAUUACCAAUUAA